AUGCCCUUCCGCACUAGCGCAAACUCUCGUUUCUGCUUUGAUUUCGACACGAAGUCCUUGCGCCGACUCGAGAACCAGCCCUUCCUGCUCUCUGAGGAUGAGGACUUUAAGCGUUGGGACUCCGGCAAGGUUCGAACUUUUAACGAGAUGAAAGGCGACAUCGGCCUCAACAGCGCCUUUCUGGCGGUGCUCAUUUUCAAAGCCAUCAUGAUUCACGGCAUCGAUAUCUCCAGGCGCCCGAACCUCAACUAUGACUUGAAUAAAUGGGUAUGUAUCGCAUUCAGUGUUCGGACGCAUACUACACAGGAUCUCCUCGGUGAACCGGCUCUGGAGGGUGUGCAUUCCGAUGGAGCGGAUCACACCCUGGUCACCCUCCUCGGCGCCGACAACAUGACCUCCACUAGCGCGGCCACCUUCCUACAUAGUAUGGACGAAGUCACAGGCACCCCGCUGAGAGAGGCGUCCCCGCUCAAGAUUGUUGGCCGCAAUAGGCAUGGCUCGUGCCUGGAUACCAUGAUGAUAGUGGAUCAUGAGCGUAAGCAUAGCCUGACGGCGGUUUAUGCCGAGGACAAGACGAGGCGAGCGACUCGCGAUGUAUUAAUCUUCUUCACGCGCAAGCCGUAUCUCGAGACGCACCCGGCGAUCUCCAUUGACUCCUUAAAAUCGCAUGCCAGUCUCGGCGUGGAACUUCCAUUGCUUGACCUAAGCUGA